CACAAACAUGAUGACAGAUGUGGAGCUGGCAAUAUUUGCAAACAUGUUAGGAGUUUCCCUAUUCCUUCUGGUAGUCCUGUACCAUUAUGUGGCUGUCAACAACCCCAAGAAAGUUCAAUGAACAUGUCGAGGAGCAUAAAAGGAUGGAAAACACAAUCAAGAAUUUCCGCAGAUGGAACAGAUUUCAAAUUAUGGACACUA